AUGGCCGACGCCUCCGAAUCACUAAGGACGCUCCGAAUAGCCCAUGCUGAAUUACAGAGGCGCUGCCGCAAGCAAGCCAAGCAGCUGAAAGACAAAGACACCGCAUCCGUCGGCAAGAACGCGACCCUCCAGGCCGAGAAUUUGAGCUUGCGGCAGCGCACGAAGCACCUGAGCCAGAAGCUGAAGGCCGUGCAAGAGCACGCCGAGAAGGCACGCCUCACCUACCAGCGCCGGGCGACGGCGGAGGCGGCCGGGAGUGGCGCCGUGCGGGCGGCCGAGGAGUUCUGUCGGAGGGCGGAAGAGGCCGAAGAGCGAACGCGGGAGGCCCUGCAGGAGAACGCGGAGCUACAAAAUCAUGUCAAGCAGUUGAAAUCAGCCUUAACGUUGCAAGGCAAGCAGAUCACGUUCUCCGGGACGGCGCCGCGGACGCCCAAAGACGCUCUCGAGAGUUAUCUCGCCUCGGAGGACGUCCUGGGCGUGGCGAGUCCUUCAGUACAAGCCCGGUCGCCCAAUCUACAUGAUGACUGGCACACGCGCUACGACGAAGCGUCGAAGCGGUUGGCCGAGGCGGAACGGACCGCUUCGGACCAAGCGGUCAUGAUCGCCGGGCUCCAACAACAGAUCGCGCGCGACGCCGGGCGGCCGCCGCCAUCACCCUUGCAUUUCGGCCGCCGAGAACCGGAACCUUUUGACACGUUCCCGCCCAUCGAGGCCGCGUCGACGCGCGACGACGAGCCCACGGACUUCGCGUCGACGCGCGACGAGCCUGAUUUCGAGACACCCGCCAAACGCGAGUCCCUGCCGCCCAUCGACGACGCCGCCGCGGAGGUCAAGGCCGAGCUGCGGUUGAUCCGGGAGAGCCAGGAGGCAUUGGUGAGGAGCUUUAGGGAAAGACCGGCGGAACCCGGUGUCGUCGAGAAGGACUCGGCGGCCCUCGCCAAUGCGCGAAAGCGGGCCCAGGACGCCGAGGAGACCCUCGCCAAAGUGCGGGACGAGGCGCGUGCUCUCCGAGACGACCUCGACCAGCGGGAUAAGAUCGUGAGGGAGCUGCGGAACGAAAUCCAAGCUCGCGACGGGCGCGUCGCCGAGCUCGAGACGAAGGCGCGCGUCGCGUCGUUGUCCUUCGGGGACGUCGAGGCGAAGUUGGAGGCGGCGGCGGCGGCGCGGGCCGACGCCGAGGAACGCGUCAAGGAGGCGACGGCGGCGCGCGACAAGGCCGAGGGGCGGCGCGCCGAGGCGUUCCGGGCGCGCGAGGACGCCGACGCGGCGCGCGAGGCGGCCGAGGUGAAACUCGAGGAGGCCGUGGCAAGGGCGGACGCCGCCGAGGCGCGGCUCGCCGAACGGAGCGCCGCGGCGCCGGCUCCGGUCGAACGGACGCCCGCGCGGCCGACUACCGCGGACCUGCCGCUCUCCGCGGGCUCGCCGCUCUCGCCGGACGCGCCGCCGGCGCUCGCGGCGGGGCCGUUGUCUCCGCGCGACCCGCCGACAUCGAUCUCGCCGCGGCGCGGGGCCCCGACGCCGGCCGCGCCGGCAGCAUCGACCGUCGCGCCGGCAGCAGCAUCGACCGUCGCGGCGGCGGCGCCAUCCGUCGAGGCGUCGAAGCCGGCCGCCGCCGCGCCGCCCGCGGAGGUGUCGCCGGACAAGGCCUCUGUGCUCGCCGUCGCCGCUCGCGUCGACGCGGCCGCGGCCGCGGCGUUCGCGGCCGGCCAGGCGGCCGCAGCCGUUAACCUGAGGCCUCCCGCGCCGGCGGCGCCGCGCGAGCUGCCGAGGGUGUGGUGGUCGGCGCCCGGGGAGUAA